CGAAGACACGUAGCCUACUGUACUACUUCCUCAUACUUUCUCAAACACUCGCAAGAGACAUUAUCACCUGCGCACAGGUAAAAACCCUUUGUCAAUUUAAGGAUAAUCAGGCGCCGCACUGUUGCUGGAUAUUCUGCACGUUUACAGUAUUUCAGUGCAGUAGAAUGAGUUUUAUCACUGGUUGGAAACGCAGCGUGAAGAAAAAUGGCAGCAAAGGGUGAGUAGCAAAAUCCACCGACCUAUACAGUAGGCUAUUUGCAGUAGCCUAGACAACGUUUUUUCCGAAGAAACCCAGCAAUAUUUGUAUUUACAAUCUACAGUAGUCUAAGCAUGUUCUAUUUGUGGUCACAACAGUAGCUAUGUUUCUAUUAACUCGUCCAUUGAUUUUGUUAGUCGACAUUUAGAAAGUUUGCAUAGAAAACCGAUGCAACAAUUGCCUGCUAGGGUGCGUUCCCAUUUUAAUUAUCUUGUGUCGAUUAAAAACGUCUGGACGUAAUGAUGUCACACCUAAAUCUACAGUGUCGAAUAAAAAUGAAUUGGUUGAAGUGUUUCAAUUACCAAUUUAGGCAAAUCGCGCAUUAAUAAAUUGGCGACAGCCUGUAUGCCCUCCCAUCUAUCUGUGUCAUGUCUCAGGUAGCCCGCGAAAGCCAGCAUUUUACUAAUAUUUGCCAUAUUCAAAUAAUUAUCAUGUACCAACGUAUCGCCAUGGUCCGUGCCAUGGUGAAACGUGCACACCUGUAGAUCUGAAAUAAUUGGAUGGUGAAAUUUGCCAGCAAACCAGAAAAGCAUUUUUUUUUUGAUUUGAUAAACAUUGAGUGGUUGUGUAACAGUUAUGAUUAUGAUACACGAUACACAAUUUUUUUAUUUGACAGAAAUUGGAAUGUUAUUGCCAGAUGUUAUAUUAGCAUUAAGAUGGAGACAGCAUGUAGUGAGAAAUGUAAUAGAUUUCAUUUUCUGCUAAGUAAAUAAGAAAAUGAAGCCACUUUAGAUGACUUUUUCCACCUAUCAAAUCAGUUGAAUUUAAUUUAUUUUCAAACUCAAAAAUCUAGGAAUAGCUUCUCUAAAGUAUAAUCUAGGAUACGUUGCUAUAAAGUAUAAUCUAGGGAAAGCACAUUUGUAAUCACUGUACCACCAUGUUGCUCUUUAACAUGACAUGCCAUCACCAGUGGUAACAUCUGGAGAUAAAUGUUCAGUCAAGGAAGUCCAAUUAAGAUGGGGUAAAAUUAGACUAACUAUAAAGGAAAACUUUUGUAAUAACAUGUUAACACAUAUGUAUUGGCAGUUACCGAAUGCAUACUACUGUUUAUUUCAAAAAUACAAAAGGGAAGAACUAAACUGCCCAGAACUGCAUAGUAACAUAGGCAACCUACUAACUAGCUUGUUACAAAGUAAUUACACACAUUGUUCUACUGAUAGUUAUUCUGGAGUAAGGCCUAUGGAAAAGAAAGCAACAGCUACCAAUCCCUCUCAAGUGACUUGCUUUGAUAAGGAAAAAGACGCUGAAACCAAUUAACUGAAAUAUAAAUAGAAAGUAAACUAUAAUGGUAAAUGGCAGCAAAGAAUAACAUCUACAAUAGAGGCCUUAGAUUAGCAUUGGCGAUCUCUGCACUGGUAAAUGAGACACAUCCCUAGUACUUACUGUUCUGUCUGUUAUACUGUGACCCUAGGGACGCCCUGCAGGCGAAAGAAAUCUCAGCCGACCCCAAUGGCUCCCCAACACUGUAAGUUUACAUGAAAAACAUGAACAGUUUCUGUGAAAUCUAUAUUUCUCCUCAUUAUGCCAAGGCAUUGAAUGGGAUUUGAUUCAUAUAAACAUUUAUAACAGCAUGGUUUGCUUCUAGGUUGUCCGUCAUAAACAGUCCAGAACUUGACCCCAUCCUCACAGAUUUCAAGUAAGUUUUCCCAAAUGUAUUUCUUAGAAACAAUGAUCUUUCAACUUCGGUACCCUAGGCAUGUUUGACAACAGAGUAACUGAAUUCCAUUUGUACUUUGUCUCUUUUUAUGAUACAUAUUCCAUUUUGGUAAAUCUGCCCCUGCACUGAAAAUAUUUUUCAGUGUCAGGAUUUCUAUGGGUUACAAUAUUAUGUUACUCACACAAUAGUACCUAUUCAAAUAGUUUCCAUACUUUGUGCUCACCUUUUUUUCUAAAUGGCCUCAAUUUUGCCCCCCUGUUUCAGGUUACAGUUACCAGACAACAAAGAUGCACUCAACUCUACAGAACCAUCAAACACGUAAGUCUCAGAGUCAAUGGCUGAGUGAUAUACAGGAUUGAGUAGUUUGUGGAAAGGGUAUUGACAGUUCACGGUCAGUGGGAAGGCAGUGACAUCACUCCUUCCUGCUGGCAGUAAUCUCAGCUCCGGUCCAGGCAGGGAUUGACCAAGAGGAAGACCAGCCUAUCUUCUCAUCCAUAGAGAUAUCAUUUGAUUUAAAUGCCUCUCACCAAUGCCUCUCACAUGUGGGAAGAAGGCUGUUGUUGUUACCACACCGUUUUAUUGACAUCACAUGAUUGGAGGUGGAGCUGUCCCUGAAAUAAAAUGCUUUCCCAUGAUCAUGUAUAACAGAAAGCAAUUCCGGGCUCCCGCAGUGCUAGAGGCGUCACUACAGAUCCUGGUUCGAUCUCGGGCUGUAUCACAACCGGCCGUGAUCGGGAGUCCCAUAGGGCGGCGCACAAUUGGCCCAGCGUUGUCCGGGUUAGGGGAGGGUUUGGCCGGAGGGGCUUUACUUGGCUUAUCGUGCUCUAGCAACUCCUUGUGGCGGGUUGGGCGCCUGCAGGCUGACCUCGGUCGUCAGGUGAACAGUGUUUCUUCCGACACAUUGGUGCUUCUGGGUUAAGUGGGUGGGUGUUGUUUGGCGGGCCAUGUUUCGGAGGACGCAUGACUCGACCUUCGCCUCCCAAGCCCAUUGUUGCAGCGAUGGAACAAGAAAAGGGGGUAUUUUUUUUUAACUAAAGAAAGAAAGAAAGCAAUUCCACUGAAGCAAAAAGAGCAGGAGCCAAAUAAAAUGUUGGGACUAAAUUGAACCCCUAGUUGCUUUCCUAGUGCUCAUAUAUUUAAAAACUUAAACUGAUUCAGCUUAACAGAUGUCAGUGAGAAAGCUAAUAGAACAGUGUGUGUGUGUGUGUGUGUGUGUGCACGUGCGUACGUGCGUGCGUGCGUGAGCUGACCUCUUUGCUUGUGUCUUGAGAUUUACAGAUGUACCAUGUUGCAGAUCACUUCUCCUCUAUGACCUAAUUUAGACAGCUGUCUGAGAGCUCAUUCUGAUAAGUGGCUGGCUCGUUCCAUGGGUCAUUCACUUUCAGAGCGAUUGGCUGUAGUGCAAUUGCUGGGUCUCAGUGGUACUCAUCUCUCCUACACACUACACAGCAUCCUACUGGCUCUGUCCUACUGGCUCUAUCCUACUGGCUCUGUCCUACUGGCUCUGUCCUACUGGCUCUGUUAUAGGGGGCAGUGUGUCUGUGCUGCUGCAGCAGUCAGCCUGAGUCCCUACAGUAAAGGCUUCCUUCUUCGCAGGACUCUUCCUCUCACCGGCAUGAGGUCACUGUACAUCUCUGUACAGAAUCUUACUGAGGGAUUUUGAAAUCUUCUAUUCAAUAUUUUCAGAGAUCUGAAUUAGUACAGUUCAUUUUUGUUCAGCGUCCGAGUGCAGUAGCCUGUCCUCUUCGGUUGUCCUGUGCGGCUAGGCCAGCCCUGCCACUGCCUCAGCCAAUCAGUGAGGCGACUGCAGUGUGUAGCGUGAGUGGGAUGAUGGGAAGAGGUGGGAUAGGAGAAGCAUUUAGGGACUGUGUGUGUGAGAGCGUUUAGGGACUGUGUGUGUGAGAGCGUUUAGGGACUGUGUGUGUGAGAGCGUUUAGGGACUGUGUGUGUGAGAGCGUUUAGGGACUGUGUGUGUGAGAGCGAUAGAGUGUGUAUGCAUGUGUGUUUGGAGGCGUAUAGUUGGGGGGUGGAAGAUGUUUAGUUUCCCUACGUGUGAUAGUCAUCCCAAUCUUAUUAAGGGCUGCGUUCUUCCUCCCCUCCCCUCUCCUGCCUGCUGCUGUUGCCAGAGGGAGAGACCGUCGGGCUGCGCUGCUGAAAAGGCCUGAGCCAGAUAGUCAAUUCUCUUCUGCGUUUGCUGUCUUUACUUCCCUCUAGUACUCUGUCUGCCAGAUGAAAAUGUCAGGAGAAGCAGAAACUCUACCAAACGGGUAAGAGUUAUGUAGAUACUGCUGCGUGGUGAAGUGAUAGGUACUGACAAUGUGUUGAAGUAAACAGAGAGAUGCUGAGUUUGUGGUUUUGUGUGUGUGUGUGUCUUUGAAUGUGAUAUACUGUCACAAUUAAUCAUUUCUGAUUUUGACUAUGAUUGAGAUAAGGGAGGAUUCUUUAAUUGAGCCGUAUCUGGUAAAACUUGACAGGUUUUUUAAAGAUCCACCUCAUCUCUUUUGUCUGAUGAUUUCAUUGUGUUUAGGAGCAGCUUGUUUUACUGCAGUAUUGCUUUGUUUGCCUUUAUUUUACUCAGUGUACAGUACUUUAAUUCAAUGGAAAAUAACACUGGUGAAAGCAAUCAGGAGGAAUGCAGAUAAAGCAAUGUUUUGUCACUCUGUCUUUGUUUGUGUGUUUGUGUUCACCUGAGUGUGUGUGUGUGUGUGUGUGUGUGUGUGUGUGUGUUUGAGCGUCUCUCAGAGUAGUGAUCUCUAUUAUGCAAGUUGCCCUCCAGAGAAAUCAUCAUCGCAGAGUUGCUGACUUCAAUUAAUUAAUUAUCUGGAUGUAUACUAUGCACAACCUUUCAGGAAACAAUAGCCUCCAUUGUGUGUACAUUAUCAUGCCAUUUCUCAGACCCACCUACAGCAUGCCUCUAUUGAGUUUAUGGUUAACAGUCUUUAUAAGUGUGCUAUGUUCAUUCAAAUGGCCAGAGUAGCCAAUACGCCAUUGUUAAACUACAUUGUCCUGCUUUAGCACUAUCUCUUGAACAAGUCUUCUCGAGUUGUCCAAUUUCCAUCUGUACUCUCUGCUGGACAAGUUUGCUAUCUUUGGUCUGAUAAACAACAUAACUAGCUCUCCAACAUAACAGCCAAGUCACUUGACAUUUUUGAUGUGCGUCAGCAGGUUUUCUUUAUUCAAUAAGAAAUAUCACACUAAAGGUGGUGUGCUGAUUGUAGCAACUGAUUUGAAACUGGGCCUUAUGGACCAUUUAGAUGGAAAUACAGAAGCUACUAGAAUGAUUCCAUCUUUAUUUAUCUUAAUACUGCAUUACUUUUCAGGUAUUGCUUAUACACUUCAUUAUAACUAAGUGAAUUGAAUACGUUCAUGACUGUUCCUGCUCACCAACUGUGCAGGAAGUUACAGGCUGGUGCUGGUCAUAGAUUGGAUGGAUGGCAUGGUCAUCCCCAUGUCAUUAGCCUGUGAAUGAGUGGAAAUACAGGCUUGUUGUUCCAUAUGAUCCCUAAUGGACUCAUUACAGUUUGAGCGAUUUCAACCAUGGUCUAGCACAGGGAUGGGCAACUGGCGGCCCUCCCUUUUUUAGGCCCGUGAAUCAAUUUAGGAAAUAUAGAAACUCAGUCACGGGAACAGCAGUUUUUCUCUUGUUAUGUCAGUCACUGACAGUCAAUCAAUUAGCCCAUGUCAGCAUUGUUUUUGUAGUAAUCUAAACUUGUAGUAAUCAUGGUCGAAUUACAGACCGGGGGGCCCCCAUUGAUUUAGUUAGUCACGCUCACUCAGAUAUCAUAUUAAAAACUGUAAACAUUUCUCUCCAUCCUAUGGCAAAAUGUGUAGAAUUGCAGUAAAUGAGCUGUAAAACGGCUAAUCUUUCUCUCCGUCUCAUGACAAAAUGAGUAGAAUUGCAUGAAGUUAGUUAUAAAAUUGCAAAAUCUUCUCUCCGCCGAUGGCAAAAUAUGUAGAACUACAGCAAACUUGCUGUAAAACAGCAACAUUUUCUCUACUCCCCAUGGCGAAAUGUACAGAAUUGCAGGAAAUUUACUCUAAAACAAAAAAAAUGUCUCCACUGUCAAGAGCAGGGCCGCUAAAAUGUUUGGCAUGCAAGGUGGGGCCCCAUUUUGGCCCCCAAAAGGCUAAGGCCGGCUCUGACUGCAUGUGUGGGUAUGGAUGUGGGUACACAGACCCUCGAGUCACUUCGGCCCCUCAUGAUGAAUUCAGAUUUUUUGUGGGCCCCACCCCAUCAAAGUUGCCCUGGUCUAGCAUAAAGAAGUCCUCUGUAUCACUGAUCUGCAGGAAUGUAAAAGGAUGUCAGUUAGCCAUCCUCAUAGUAGAGAUUCUCCUCAGUUGUGUAGGCCAGACUCCAUUGUUUGGUUCAAUACAUUGUGUAUGAAAAAAGUAUGAAAAUGUAUGCACUCACUAACUGUAAGUCGCUCUGGAUAAGAGCGUCUGCUAAAUGACUAAAAUGUUUUAAAAAAUGGUGUCCAUGAGCCCAAUUUGCUGAGAAGACAUUAUGUCAACUUUGGGACUGUUAAGCUUGGGGUGUUUUAGGUAUGGUACAGUUUGGCAAAUAGUGUGACGAACCACCACUUUGUUGUGAACUUCAGAGCCCUCAGCCAAAUUGUUGCUGUGUCUUUUUGGGUAUAACUUCGGACAGUUUUCUUGUAACCUUUUUAUGAAAUGUUACUGAGGGCACACAGUAGCUUCAGAGGUACCUACUGUACCAGUAAAUAUCUGUUGUACACAAACAUCAAAAAUGUUAAUCAAUGAAAGUGCAUAGUGCUCUAUUGUUUGGUGCUCUAUUGUUUUUAAUGGAGAGGAGCCUUGACAUCACCAACAGAGAUUUGUUUGUUUGGGAUGAAGAUUCUAGCUUUAUAUGAAAAGAUGUGGUGAACCCCAACUUAUUUGGAUUAAAUCACCCAUUUGAAAGACCCAUAAUUUGAUGCCGAGCGAAUGAGAAAGCUGCUCACUGAAGAAACUGAAAAUAAUCCAAUAAUCUUGUCAGAUAAGAAAAAUUUAGCUUUAGGCUGAUAGCAGUAAAAUAACACACACACUAGUAGAUAGAACAGCAGUGAAAACCAUGUACACUGAACAAAAAUAUAAACGCAACAUGCAACAAUUUCAAAGAUUUUACUGAGUUACAGUUCAUAUAAGGAAAUCAGUCAAUUGAGAUAAAUAAAUUAGGCCCUAAUCUAUGGAUUUCAGAUGACUGGGAAUACAGAUAUGCAUCUGUUGGUCACAGAUACCUUAAAAAAAAAAAAAGUAUGGGCGUGGAUCAGAAAACCAGUCAGUAUCUGGUGUGACCACCAUUUGCCUCAUGCAGCGUGACCUCUCCUUCACAUAAAGCUGAUCAGGCUGUGGUACACGUCGAUCCAGAGCAUCCAAAACAUGUUCAAUGGUGACAUGUCUGGCAACAGCUCUGGUGGACCUUCCUGCAGUUAGCAUGCCAAUUGCACACUCCCUCAAAACUUGAGACAUCUGUGGCAUUGUGUUGUUAGACAAAAUUGAACAUUUUAGAAUAGCCAUUAUUGUCCCCAGCACAAGGUGCACCUGUGUAAUGAUCAUGCUGUUUAAUCAGCUUCUUGAUAUGCCACACCUGUCAGGUGGAUGGAUUAUCUUGACAAUGGAUAAAUGGUCACUAACAGGGAUGUAAACAAAUUUGUGCACAACAUUUGAGAGAAAAAAGCUUUUUGUGCAUAUGGAACAUUUCUGGGAUCUUUUAUUUCAGCUCAUGAAACAUGGGACCAACACUUUACAUGUUGCAUUUAUAUUUUUGUUCAGUAUAAAAGCCUGCUCAGAUUGGGUGGGAAAGUGGGACAAUAUCAUGACCUGCGCUCUUCACAGAACGUUUGGAGGUUGUCCGUGUUCCUCUUGCCCCCCAAUAAAUACAGAACAGGGGCACUUCAGCAGAGCUGCCUGGGAGAGAAAAUAAGUGACGUGGCUCUUUUUAAAGAUAUCUGUUAAUGUAGAUAGCCAGUGAAGUGCUCCUUUGUAGUUAAAGCUGUGUCAUGCUACUUUACAGACUGCUACUCUACAUAGAACUCAGACAUUUCACCUAGUUGACAUGAAAAAACAAAUAGGUUUUGUCCUGGGGUUCAUUCAUAAAAUAAUAGAAUACAUUUAGGUCCACUGGGAAGUUGGCAGUAAUCAGCUUCUUUCAUUCAACAAUGUAAACCUAAUUUAUCAGAGGUAAAUUAUUUACUUUUCUGAGGGGAUGUCAAGAAUAUAAUGUGUUAUUCUAACAUUUAGGUCCUGCACUGGGAACCAAUGGGUAGGUACUUAAUUGACCAACCCUUCAUCUCUCUCUUUCCCCUUUCCCCCUUUUCUGUAUCUCAGGUCCCUGAAGUCGGACCUGUCUUUGGCCCUGGAGGACUGCAUGGCAGCAAUGGACCUGUUCCUGAGGAAUGACUUUGAGGAGGCCCUGUCCAGGCUUCGCUGCAGGUGAGAGACUUGUGCCCUGGUCAUGUGUGUCCACACAGCUGGCUGGUGGAAAUACACAAUGUGAGUGGUGCUACAGUGUACACUCUGGGCUAGUUUAAUAAACACCACCACCUCUCCUGUUUGACACCCCUUCAGCAUUGUGUUCAAACACACCAUCAUCAGGUUUCUUACAUUUCCCCUGUGAAUUUUCCCCUCCAUUAUCAUAACCUUCUCAACAUUCAAUCUUUUCUCUUCUUUGGCCACUCCCGAGUCCCAGUUUCUCUCCAGCCCUCCCUAGUGUGUUUUCCAUUUCUCAUCCCUUCACUGUUUCACAACUCAAUGGAUGCCCUUUAUCCCUUUCAGUUCCCAUGCUGAUAUCCUGUCUUAGUUCUGAAUACAUGGUAGCCUAGUCUACGUAUACAAUUAAGGAAAUAUUUACCCCAGAGGAUAAUCUCUCCAAACCUCUGGCUCUUACCACCCAAGGCUUGGCAUAUUCUGUCAGCUGUCACCCUGGGGCGAGACAAGGGGAGUGAUGGUAGACUGAGUUAUGUAGGCAGAGCAAAGGUUUAGGUACUUAAACUCCCCUAUGGCUUCCUUUGUUUGCUAUUCCAAGAAAACCUUUGUGAGAAAAGCCUCAAGAAGGCCUCCACGUCAUCAGCAUCCUAGUGUGUAAUAUUACCUUAUGUGUUUGUUGAGCAUAGGUUUACACAGCAUUAUGUGGUAGAACAGUGAUUAGAGAAAAUCUACGGAAGGAAAAAACCUGUAGAGAAAGCCUGCGGUGCUGAAAUAGCAGUGACUCGCUCUCUCUAUCUCUUCUCCCCCCCCCCCCCCCCCUCCCAUAUACUAAACACUUUUUUGGUUACUACAUGAUUCCAUAUGUGUUAUUUCAUAGUUUUGAUGUCUUCACUAUUAUUCUACAAUGUAGAAAAUAGUAAAAAUAAAGAAAAACCCUGCAAUGAUUAGGUGUGUCCAAACUUUUGACUGGUACUGUGUGUAUAUAUAUAUAUAUAUAUAUAUAUAUGGGUGGUUUAUAUUUAGGAUAAUAUUGUACAGCUUUUUCAUUCUAUUUUUGUGUUUUAAAAUCUUCUUAUUAGAUUUGGUUUUAAAUAUGUGACAAGGCCACACAGAGGGCCAGAGAUAAUUACAGAAACCUGUGAUAAUCUGAAGUACCCAAAAAGGCCUAUAGAUGUCAUCUGAUAAAAUUCCAUAUAUUCCUUUAACGUUACCAAAAUUCUGAUAGUUUAAUAAUAAUAAUAAUAAUAAUAUGCCAUUUAGCAGACGCUUUUAUCCAAAGCGACUUACAGUCAUGCGUGCAUACAUUUUUGUGUAUGGGUGGUCCCGGGGAUCGAACCCACUACCUUGGCGUUACAAGCGCCGUGCUCUACCAGCUGAGCUACAAGUUUACAGGUAAACUUUGAAAGUUUCCAGUAAUAUACCCUCCCUUUGCAACCCUACUCAUGUUGGUACUUUCAACAAGUCAUUAAACGUGAGGGCUGUCAGGUUAUGUCAUUCACACUGAAGCAUGUGGAGAAAGAGCCACUUUUCUACUGCUGGCUGUCUCUUUUGAAGGUAAUGUUUUUUGCAGGACGUUAGAUUAGAUUUACCAGUGAUGGUGAUUAGGCUUCAGGAGAUAGGAGUUUAGGCCUGUCACAGUCACACCACCGGCCCUUGUCCAUCUCCACAACAGUCAACAACAGAAGGCAGGCAGGAGGCACAAACAUCCCAAUUCAUGGCCUGUUUUUACCAUUCUGCUCUCCUGACUAAAUAUCUCCUGAUUUAUGUCUCCCCUUUAAAUAAUGUGUAUGGUUUUUUUAUGUGACAUACAUUUGAUGAUAAAGUGUAUAUUUACACAUUGUGAAAGUGAGUCACACAAAAAUAAAAACUUUAUUUUCGAUAGGUAAGGAACCCAGGACGACACUACUCAUCUUGUGGCUGAUAGACUAAUGAUUUUUUAAGUGCUGCUUCUUUUUGUACAGAAGUCUUCUCAGUUGUCGCAUGAGUUGUUUUGUGGUCUAUGGCAGUCAAAUAUCAGGCAUGCAGACAUGCGACAUUCCAGUGAAGAGACCUUUGUCGCACCAGCAUUGUCCUAUAGCCACUGGGACUAUGGCGGAACUUGCUGGGAACCAGUCAGACCAGCACUCUUGGGUGUGCAUUGUCAGACCCGCAGUGUCACAUUCAGGGACUUAACAUGGGCCUGUUUCCAAGGGAACAUAUAACUUAGGGUAUUUUCACAUAUAGUUAUAUUUUUAAAAAAUGAUCUCAGUCCUCUUUAAAGUGAACUCUCGGGUAAAAAAAAAGCAAAAUAACUCUGUUCUCUUUGCAUUCACACUGCCCUUGCCUUUGAAUGAGGACUCAACUCUUUUGCCAGUUCACUUCACCUAUUUUGUGGUCUGUCCUGUUUGCAUUCACAAUGCUAUGUUUAGAAAGGAACCAAGAUCUUUUUCCACCAUUCACUCAAUGCACUCUGGGUUUUUACAAAGUGCAGGACAAGCCAUUCCAUCAGAAUGUGUUAUCGGACAGCUAGAUAUACCUACUUCUAAUAGAUUGCAUUUAGUUAAAAGAUUACACAUAAUAAUUGUAAUCAGAAGAUACUAUUAACAUGUAAAUAUUAUUGGUAACAGAAUAAAUAGCAGAAGAAUAACUGCAGAUUAAAUAAUGCUGUAAUCGAAAAUUGUACACCCAAUGUAGGCUACUGCCCCUUUAAGAGCUAGAAUGAAUUUUGUACCCUAUGUUGCGAUUCUCAUGCUAUUCAAACACUACAAUCGAAUAAACAGCUUAUGAAGCUCUCUUAGCCUAUAGAUCACAUAUUGCAAACAAAUAAUCUGAACUAAAAACUCCACACGUGUUUUGGAAUUUCUGUGCAUCCUUGACAAUCGCUAAUCAAUAGGCCUAACCAAAAACAGCACACGUUUUUUUCUGCGAACAUGCACAUCAUCAUCUUCUCUCUAUUGUGGCUCCAAUGUGAGAGGGUUUAUGGCAGGGGAAACGGUGUUGCAAUAGUCUAGUGUGUGGUGCGGGAAUAAUGACAAGCAAACCUGGGGAGCUUUUAUGUUCACGUUUCCCUAAAAAAGGGAACCGGACUGCGGAAUUCAAGCGAACCGAAGUCAGACCACCUCUCGAGAUGGUCUCAGUUCAGUUCGCUUCAGGGGCUCUUUUGAGGGGUCUGAGUUCCUUUGGUGUGUUCACACUGCACAAAAAAUUAAGCGAACUGAGUUCAGAAAAAAUUGGUUGAAAGGGACCAAGUGUGAAAACACCCUUAACUUCAAGUAGCUGGGCUUUUAAAGAGUAUUUGGUCAGAAAAUACAUUAAAUAUACUACAUAUUGAAUGUCAAUGAUUAUAUACUUAUACUUUGACAGUAAGGACCAUCGGGUUCUUGGUCACCUCCCUGACCAAGGCCCUUCUCCCCCGAUUGCUGAGUUUGGCCGGGCGGCCAGCUUUAGGAAGAGUGGUUCCAAACUUCUUCCAUUUAAGAAUGAUAGAGUCCACUGUGUUCUUGGGGACGUUCAAUGCUGCAGAAAUUUUUUGGUACCCUUCCACAGAUCGGUGCCUCGACACAAUCCUGUCUCGGAGUUAUACGGACAAUUCCUUCGGUUUGGUUUUUGCUCUGACAUGCACUGUCAACUGUUGGACCUUAUAUAGACAGGUGUGUGCCUUUCCAAAUCAUGUCCAAUAAAUUGAAUUUACCACAGAUGGACUCAAAGUUGUAGAAACAUCUCAAGGAUGAUCAAUGGAAACAGGAUGCACCUGAGCUCAAUUUCGAGUCUCAUAGCAAAGGGUCUGAAUACUUAUGUAAUUAAGGUAUUUCUGUUUUUUAUUUUUAAUACAUUUGCAAAAAUUUCGAAAAACCAGUUUUCAUUUUGUCAUUAUGGGGUAUUAUGUGUAGAUUGCUGAGAAAAAAAAUAAUUGAAUCCAUUUUAGAAUAAGGCUGUAAUGUAAUAAAAUGUGGAAAAAGUCAAGGGGUCUGAAUACUGAAUACCAUUUUUUGGGACGCAAUGCGCGUCAUGGGAAAAACCAUUAAAAAACCAUUAAAAUAAAAACAGAAAUAUUUACUACACAACAAACAUAAUAGGAUAAAAACAAAAGAAUAGCAAUAAAACUCAAAGACUCAAAAACACCUUAAGGUGUGACUUGUUAAGCAAAUCUUUUCUCUCCAACUUAUUUAGGCAUGCCAUAUCAAAGGGGUUGAAUACUUAUUGACUCAAGACAUUUUACAUUAUGGGGUAUUGUGUGUAGGCCAUUGACAAAAACAAUUAUUUUAAAAUCAGGCUGUAACACAACAAAAGGUGGAAAAAGUCAAUCGGCAUGAAUACUUUCUGAAGGCACUGUGUACUUGAGCUCCUCUUUUCACGACGUGCAAAGGAAUCUUUUUUGUUGAGUUAUCUGAUUUGCAUUUUGAGAAGGCAACAAUAGCUGCUAAAAAUAGAGCUGAAUAUUUCUGUGCUGUCUUUUUUUUCCCCUUCCUAGAACCAAAGACAGCAUGUACCAUGCGCUCACAUACGCCACCAUACUGGAGAUGCAGGCCAUGAUGACCUUUGACCCGGAGCACAUCCUGGCAGCUGGCAACACCAUGAAGGAGGCUCAGGCAGUGUGUCAGCGGUAAGGCUCAUUUGUAAAGGGUCCACAUUCUAAGAGCAGGAAAAUGUCUCAGCACACACUUCCAGUUAGAUGCACAUUUCUGUAAUUGUGGAUGAGCUUUCUUCAGUCUACCUUCAUCAGAGCAUGUCUCCACAAACAAUAGUGGGACAGAUAAGGCCACACAGUGAGCCAGAGGUAAUUACAGACACCUGUGGUAAUCUAAAGUACCCAAAAGGGCCACUAGAUGUCAUAAUAGCAGAUAGAAAUACAGUACAAAUACUAGAUAGAACAGAACAUAUUAUAGAUGUAUUUCUACUAGAACAAAAUGCAUGUACAAAUAAAACAUUUGGUGUUAGUAUAAGGAACCCAUACUCUCAAAAAGUGAGCAAUACAGCCGAAAAGGGGCAACAAAAAAAUGGGUCCACAUAAACAUUAUUUUUAUUUAAUGAAUUCAAAAACAAAAGUUUAGACUCAGUGGUAAGGCUCCCUUAUCAUAUCUAUUCAAUCAUGAAGAGAGGAAUCACAUGCUCUGAUCAGGUGUAACCACUUUGUGAAUUGCGUAACACGUGUUUAUAACCAAAUAAGUCACAUUUAACUCUCAUAUUAUGAACAACAACAAUAUACAGAGGAAAUCCAUUUGGCUCUGGAUAAACCCGGCCAUUCCAGUGGGGAAAGCCUCUGGCUAUUUUGGGAGAUGUCCAUCCUGGUCUGUGGUGGCUGGUGAGCUCCAUGUUCUGUGAGAUAAUCACAGAGCAGAUAUCACCCAGGUCCUAUCAGAUCUUGCUGGCUGGGGGAGUUUGAGUGGCCUGUAACAGUGAGCUCUGGAGUUGUGAAAAUGUCCUGUACGGACACACCUUUCCAAAGGGUGGGACACACACACAAACUCCCGGACUGGGCCUGCCACACCUUCUGAGACCCUGAGGGGGCAGGGGAACCCCAUGACACAACCAGCUGUCUGGCUACGAGGCCCAGGACCCUGUGUUCAUCUGGGAGACGCUCUACAUUUUAUCAACAUAAGCUAUGGAAUGUGGCUGGGCCACACUGAUUUGCAUGAAUUGUAGAUAUUAAACCUCCUGUAAAAGUUGUACUUGCAUAGAUGUUUUCCCAUAGAUCACUAAUCGACAGUGGUUACAGUAAACCACUCAUUAUAUGUGUGUAUCUACCUUAAUCCAUAUUAUUCAUCUAAUUCAGAUACUGAAACCUGAUUUUUGUUAGAAAUACCUGUCAAUGUCUCUCUGAAUGUGGUUACUACAUGUCACCGUUUUUCAAUAUCCAAGCACAGGAAUGUGUUGAAUUCCCAGAUUCUUAGCUCACACAUCCACAGACUGGUGUUGAGUUGUUGUGAACCAACUCUGCUAUGUCUGUCUCAUCAAACACUGUAAUGUGGCAUGUUGGAUUUGGUGUGUAAUGAAAAUAAAGUGAAUUCUCUCCCAGGUUCCGCAAGAAGUCAACCUUUAGCAACAGAAACUCCACAGAAGGUUAGUAUGGUUGGAACAUACUUAUUACUUCAGUACAUUCCACUUAGACAUAGACAUAUUGUUUUACCACAGGCCUCUUAUCUUAUCACUCUUAUCACUAGUGUAAAUGUAACAAUGUUUUUUAUAGUUGUGUAUUCCUAAGUAAAUUAAACACAGCUACUGUGAAACUGGAGAAUAUACUCUGUUUUGAGAGAUUUUAAUUUAUUACACCUUUACUUCAAGCCAUCAUGGUUGUUCACUAGUUGAGAAUACAGUUUAAAAUGUGUUUCUUGUCUGUGGGUUUAUUGUGCAGCCCCCUGCUGAUGUAGUGGUUUCAGGAUGUCAGAUGAUAAUAAGUGUGCUGUCAUUUUCACCUCAGAGGAACUCCAUGCUGAAGUGUGCUAUGCAGAAUGUCUCCUGCAGAGGGCAGCACUCACCUUCCUUCAGGUAACCCACUUCUACCGCAACAUCAGCAACACACACCCACUGACACUCACUAUCUCGCUGAAGCGAAGCACUGAUACAGAUUAAAAAAGUUAAUUGUGCAUUUAUGAUAUUGUUCUUUGUAUCCUUAAACAUUUUCUUUCCCCCUGUUUUUGUAGGAUGAAAACAUGAUCAGUUUCAUCAAGGGAGGAAUUAAAGUGAGGAAUAGCUACCAGACAUAUAAGUAAGUACUCUUGAUGUAGUGCAUGGCCCUUAUAGUGCAUUCCCCUUAUGUCUCAACUCAUUCUAUAGUAAAGAAUGUAUAUCUGUAUUUCAGAGAGCUUCAUACGGUCCUCCAGUCCUCUAGCUACGUCCAUGGUGACAAUCAUGGGCAUUUUGAAGGCGGGGUCAAGCUUGGAGUGGGAGCCUUCAACCUGGUGAGGGAAAUGCUUCAUGUCAACAAUGUUUGUGGUCCAGUUUGCUGGGCUGGUAGACUGUAAAGAAGGACCCUUUGGGGUGUUAUGGUUAUAGCUACUCUGUGUAACUCAAAGCAUGGUCCUGAUUGGUACAAUAUGUAAUUGUAUCUGGCUCAUCUUCUCACUCUGUGUUCUUGGGUUGUGUACAGAUGAUCUCCAUGCUGCCCACUCGUACCCUCAAGUUGCUGGAGUUUGUGGGUUUCUCUGGAAAUAAGGUAGGUUUCCUACUGUUAGCCAGGUGGCCCUGAGAUUACGUGUGAGAUGCUGGGCUAAGCUAAGCCCCCUGUGUCCUGUGUUGUGUGUGUCUGUAGGAGUUUGGCUUGCAGCAGCUGAUGGAGGGCUCAGCAGGGCAGACGUUCAGGUCCUUCCUAUGUAAUAUGCUGCUGCUGUGCUACCACACCUUUAUGAGCUUCAUCCUGGGUGAGAGAAAGACUGAUGUUACCACACAUCAAAUGUUACCACACUGACCUUUUCAACUGCCAAAACAAGCUCUAUGCUGUAGCCUAGCCACAUUCUGGUUGGUGUUCACCUCUCCGGGAAAAAGGAAAACCCUGGUCAUAUCUUGCACGAAUGUCCUAAACUAACAUUAAAUAACACCUCCUUACGGCUUGCAGGCACUGGGGAAGCGGAUGUGGAGGAUGCAGAGAAACUCCUUCAGCCUUAUCUCAAACAGUAUCCUAAGGUCAGUGAGGACAUUGUAGCAUGUACACUGAGUAUACACCUGCUCUUUCCAUGAUGUAGACUGACCAGGUGAAUCCAUCUUAUUGAUGUCACUUGUUAAAUCCACUUAAAUUAGUGUAGAUGAAGGGGAGGAGACAGGUUAAAGAAGGAUUGUUAAGCCUUGAGACAAUUGAGACAUGGAUUGUGCCAUUCAGAGGGUGAAUGGGAAAAACAAAAGAUUUAAGUGCUUUUGAAUGGGGUAUGGUCGUAGGUGCCAGGCACACCGGUUUGUGUCAAGAACUGCAACACUGCUAGGUUUUUCACACUCAACAGUUUCCUGUGUGUAUCAACAAUGUUCCUAAUGUUUGGUAUACUCAGUGUACAGUUAAAUCAUAUUCCAUUUGUAUUGACUUUGUGAAACUACUGUGAAUUAUUUAGUGCAUAGGCUUGUACACACACUCAUUCCCAUCAAAACAGUUCAUAGUGUGUUGUUUUUAGGGAUCCAUCUUUUUGUUCUUCGCUGGUCGGAUUGAGGUUAUCAAAGGACACCUGGAUGCUGUGAGUGUGCAUCAAUGAUUCUGACUACUACCAAAAUGAUUGUGUUUAGACUACAAAUCUGGCCAGCUGUCACAUGUAUUCAUAUGUGUGUGUUUGUAACAGGCUAUAGAGCGCUUUGAGGAGUGCUGUGAAGCUCAGCAGCAGUGGAAUCAGUUCCAUCACAUGUGCUACUGGGAGCUGAUGUGGUGUUUCACAUACAAGAGACAUUGGAAGAUGGCCUACUUCUACGCUGAUCUGCUCAGCAAAGAGAAUGCAUGGUCCAAGGUGGGACAUUCUGCAGUAAUUGUAUUUAUGCAUAUCAGUUCUAUAUAGUGCAGUAUGAAGGACAUCUGUUUCAGUACACUAAUGGUUGCAUUAUCUCGCUGGCAAAUGCGACAGUCUUAACAGAAUAUAGAUUUGUUUGUUUAACAGCUUUUAAUGUAUUCCACUUAGUCUCUAGAGGGACAAAUCUAUGUUGAUGCUUACAGAGUUACAGUAGUAACACAUGCACAUUUCCCUCCAGGCAACAUAUGCGUAUAUGAAAGGUGCCUACCUCAGCAUGCUGACCAGGGAGGAAUGCCAACCAUUCAGGGAGAGCGAGGUAGCGCUAUUCAGGUAGGUCACUGCAACAAACAAACCCCUGUGUCACCAAACUGUUGGAAAAGAUUGUUUGACCAAAGACCAUGCUAUUUCUCUGUAAACAAAUGAACAACAGACUUUCAGCAUGCUUAUAGAGAAGGGCGCUCAACAUGUACUGCACUGACACAAAUGACUAAUGAUUGGUUGAAAGAAAUGUAUAAUAAGAAGAUUGUGGGAGCUGUACUGUUAGAUUUCAGUGUUGCCUUUGAUAUUAUUGACCAUAACCUUUUGUUGAAAAAUAUUUAUGUGUUAUGGCUUUUCAACCGCUGCCAUAUCGUGGAUUCAGAGCUAUCUGUCAAAUAGAACUCAGAGGGUUUUCUUUAAUGGGAGCUUCUCUAAUGUCAAACAUGUAAAGUGUGGUGUACUGCAGUGCAGCUCUCUAGGCCCUCUACUCUUUUCUAUUUUUACCAAUGACCUGCCUCUGGCAUUAAAUGAAGCAUGUGUGUCCAUGUACAGAGCAUUCGGAAAGUAUUCAGACCCCUUGACUUUUUCCAAAUUUUGUUAUGUUACAGCCUUAUUCUAAAAUUGAUUACAUAAUUUUUUCUCCUCAUCAAUCUACACACAAUACCCCAUGAUGACAAAGCAAAAACAGUUUUUUUUAUAAAUGUUGCAAAAAAACAGAAAUACCUUAUUUACAUAAGUAAAUUGAUUGGACAUGAUUUGGAAAGGCACACCCCUGUCCCGAGACCCUUUGCUAUGAGACUCAAAAUUGAGCUCAGGUGCAUCCUGUUCCCAUUGAUCAUCCUUGAGAUGUUUCUACAACUUAGCCUGUGGUAUAUUCAAUUGACUGGACAUGAUUUGGAAAGGCACACACCUGUCUAUAUAUGUCCCACAGUUGACAGUGCAUGUCAGAGCAAAAAUCAAGCCUUGGGGUCGAAGGAAUUGUGCUUUGAGCUCCGAGACAGGAUUGGGUCGAGGCACAGAUCUGGGGAAGCGUACCAAAACAUCUCUGCAGCAUUGAAGGUCCCCAAGAACACAGUGGCCUCCAUCAUUCUUAAAUGGAAGAAGUUAGGCGCCACCAAGACUAUUCCUAGAGCUGGCCGCCCGGCCAAACUGAGCAAUCGGGGAGAAGGGCCUUGGUCAGGGAGGUGACCAAGAACCCGAUGGUCACUCUGACAGAGCUCCAGAGUUCCUCUGUGGAGAUGGGAGAACCUUCCAGAAGGAAAACCAUCUCUGCAGCACUCCACCAAUCAGGCCUUUAUGGUGGAGUGGCCAGACGGAAGCCACUCCUCAGUAAAAGGCACAUGACAGCCCGCUUGGAGUUUUCUAAAAGGCACCUAAAGGACUCUCAGACCAUGGGAAACAAGAUUAUCUGGUCUGAUGAAACGAAGAUUGAACUCUUUGGCCAGAAUGCCAAGCGUCACGUCUGGAGGAAACCUGGCACCAUCCCUACGGUGAAGCAUGGUGGUGGCAGCAUCAUGCUGUGGGGAUGUUUUUCAGUGGCAGGGACUGGGAGACUAGUUAGGAUCGAGGGAAAGAUGAACGGAGCAAAGUACAUAGAGAUCCUUGAUGAAAACCUGUCCAGAGCACUCAGGACCUCAGACUGGGGAGAAGGUUCACCUUCCAACAGGACAACGACCCUAAGCACACAGCCAAGACAAUGCAGGAUUGGCUUCGGGACAAGUCUCUGAAUGUCCUUGAGUGGCCCAGCCAGAGCCCAGACUUGACCCGAUCAAACAUCUCUGGAGAGACCUGAAAAUAGCUGUGCAGCGCUCCCCAUCCAACCAGACAGAGCUUGAGAGGAUCUGCAGAGAAGAAUGGGAGAAACUCCCCAAAUACAGCUGUGCCAAGCUUGUAGCUUCAUACCCAAGAAGACUCGAGGCUGUAAUCGCUGCCACAGGUGCUUCAACAAAGUACUGAGUAAAGGGUCUGAAUACUUAUGGAAAUGUGAUAUUUCAGGGGGGUUUUUGUUAGUGUUUUUGCCAAAAAAUAAAUAAAAAGUGUAUUUGCUUUGUCAUUAUGGGAUAUUGUGUGUAGAUUGAUGAGGGCAAAAAAAACAAUUUUAUCAAUUUUAGAAUAAGGCUGUAACAAAAUGUGGAAAAAGUCAAGGGGUCUGAAUACUUUCUGAAUGCACUGUAUGCUGAUGAUUCAACCAUAUACGCAUCAGCAGCCACAGCUAAUGAAGUCACUGAAAACCUUAACAAAGAGUUGCAGUCCGUUUUGGAAUGGGUGGCCAGUAAUAAACUGGUCCUGAACAUUUGUAAAACUUAUAGCAUUGUAUUUGGUACAAAUCAUUCCCUAAGUUCUAGACCUCAGCUGAGUCUGGUAACGAAUGGUGUUGCUGUUGAACAAGUUGAGGAGACUAAAUUACUUGGUGUUGCCUUAUUGUAAACUGUCAUGGUCAAAACAUAUAGAUUCAGUGGUUGUAAAGAUGGGGAGAGGUCUGUCCGUAAUAAAGAAAUGCUCUGCUUUUUUCACUCCACAAAGCAAGUCCUGCAGGCACUAGUUUUAUCUUAUCUUGAUUAUUGUCCAGUCAUAUGGUCAAGUGAUGCAAAGAAAGACCUAGUUAAGCUGCAGCUGGCCCAGAACAGAGCGGUACAUCUUGCUCUUCAUUGUAAUCAGAGGACUAAUGUAAAUACUAUGCAUGCCAGUCUCUCUUGGCUAGGAGUUGAGGAAAGACUGACUGCGUCACUUCUUGUUUUUAUAAGAAACAAAAAGAUUUGUUGGAAAUUCCUAAUUGUUUGCACACAGACACAGCGCUGACACACACACUUACCCCACCAGACAUGCCACCAGGGGUCUUUUCACAGUCCCCAGGUCCAGAACAAAUUCAAGGAAACGUACAGUAUUAUACAGAGCCAUGAGUACAUGGCUCUGUAUUCCAUCUUACAGUUGAAGUUGGAAGUUUACAUACACCUUAGCCAAAUACAUUUAAACUCAGUUUUUCACAUUUCCUGACAUUUAAUCCUAGUAGCCUUCAAACGUUUCGGGUAGCCUUCCACAAGCUUCCCACAAUAAGUUGGGUGAAUUUUGGCCCAUUCCACAUGACAGAGCUGGUGUAACUGAGCAAGUUUUGUAGGCCUCCUUGCUCGCACACGCUUUUUCAGUUCUGCCCACACAUUUUCUAUAGGAUUGAGGUCGGGGCUUUGUGAUGGCCACUCCAAUACCUUGACUUUGUUGUCCUUAAGCCAUUUUGGCACAACUUUGGAAGUAUGCUUGGGGUCAUUGUCCAUUUGGAAGACCCAUUUGCGACCAAGCUUUAACUUCCUGACUGAUGUCUUGAGAUGUUGCUUCAAUAUAUCCACAUAAUUUUCCUUCCUCAUGACGCCAUCUAUUUUGUGAAGUGCACCAGACCCUCCUGCAGCAAAGCACCCCAACAGCAUGAUGCUGCCACCCCCAUGCUUCACGGUUGGGAUGGUGUUCUUCGGCUUGCAAGCAUCCCCCUUUUUCCUCCAAACAUAACGAUGGUCAUUAUGGCCAAACAGUUCUAUUUUUGUUUCAUCAGACCAGAGGACAUUUCUCCAAAAAGUACGAUCUUUGUCCCCAUGUGCAGUUGCAAACCAUAGUCUGGCUUUUCUAUGGCGGUUUUGAAGCAGGGGCUUCUUCCUUGCUGAGCGGCCUUUCCGGUUAUGUCGAAAUAGGACUCAUUUUACUGUGGAUAUAGAUACUUUUGUACCUGUUUCCUCCAGCAUCUUCACAAGGUCCUUUGCUGUUGUUCUGGGAUUGAUUUGCACUUUUCACACCAUCUCUAGGAUACAGAACGCGUCUCCUUCCUGAGCGGUAUGGCGGCUGCGUGGUCCCAUGGUGUUUAUAUUUGCUUACUAUUGUUUGUACAGAUGAACGUGGUACCUUCAGACGUUUGGAAAUUGCUCCCAAUGAUGAACCAGACUUGUGGAGGUCUACAAAUGUUUUUCUGAAUUCUUGGCUGAUUUCUUUUCAUUUUCCCAUGAUGUCAAGCAAAGAGGCACUGAGUUUGAAGGUAGGCCUUGAAAUACAUCCACAGGUACACCUCCAAUUGACUCAAAUGAUGUCAAUUAGCCUAUCAGAAGCUUCUAAAGACAUGACAUCAUUUUCUGGAAUUUUCCAAGCUGUUUAAAGGCACAGUCAGCUUAGUGUAUGUAAACUUCUGACCCACUGGAAUUGUGAUACAGUGAAUUAUAAGUUAAAUAAUCUGUCUGUAAACAAUUGUUGGAAAAAUUACUUGUGUCAUGCACAAAGUAGAUGUCCUAACCGACUUGCCAAAAUUAUUGUUUGUCAACAAGACAUUUGUGGAGUGGUUGAAAAACUAGUUUUAAUGACUCCAACCUAAGUGUAUGUAAACUUCCGACUUCAACUGAAUAUAGCGCAAGUGAAGAGCAAAUCUGGUUUCAAAAAAAUUAAUAAAGCAACACCUCAUGGCACAACGUCUCUCCCCCAUGUGACCUACUUGUGUAGGUAUGUAGUGUGUAUGUAGUGACAUGUAUGUGUAACUGAAAGAUGCACACACACACACACUACAUGUUCAUGUUUUUAAAUGUAUGUAAAUUGUAACGUUUUUUGUCUGUAAUGCCUUUUUUCGUUAUGUCAGAUCCCAGUAAGACUAGCUGUCGCCAUUGUUAAUGGGGAUCCUAAUAAAUAAUAAUACAUUUAAAAAAACAUAAUGCUUUGUACUCUAUUCAUUUAUUUUUACCCAGACAUUUGAGAUAAUCAAGUUAUUCUAUCCAAAUGAAUCUAUAUCUUAUAUGUAUCUAUUGUCUAUCCAUUCCAGGCAGGUACAUGGGCUUAAGCAGAAAAUUGCUGGAAAGUCUUUGCCAACUGAGAAGUUUGCCAUCCGAAAAGCCCGUCGCUACCUGACUGAGAACCCCGUAACACUACCUGCACCUCCUCUGGUCAGUACAAGUCUCCAAAUCCCAACCCUAGGUGACUCUUUUGGCAUAGAAGAACUGAGUCACUGCCAAUGUCACUACCUUAUCCGCUUAAAUAAAAUCCAAAAUGUAGCUAGCAAGGUUAUUGUUAAUGAGUGCAUUUCGCAAGUGGGUAGUUUGCAUCAACUACCUUCACUAAAACAACUGGAAUGGUUUUGCCUGCAAACUUUGGUUUCAAAUCGCAACGUUCUGGCAUGUCUGCCUCGUGAUUUGUUGGGAAAGUUGUCUGUCUGAAGAGGACCCAUCACAGAAUUUAUUUUCUCCAUUAUCGAAGUUGCCAAAAGAAUCCGUCAUUGAAACCAGACCCUAGUCACUGUUGCCUAGGGUCGGGUUUUCAAGACUAGGUCAGUACUGCGUGGUCUGACCACAUGCUCACUAUUAAAGUGUAACUGUGACACCCUGUGGCCUUGUCUGUCCUCUGCAGGAGAUGAUGUACAUCUGGAACGGCUACACAGUCAUCGGGAAACACAAAGACCUGACAGAGGGCAUGCUGAAAACACUGGAUGAGGCACAGGCAAAACUCAAAAGUAGGCCAAGUAAGUAACACAAACUCAUGUCCCCCUGGAGAGUUGAUAUUGCCUCUACACAUUCAUUUAGGAACAUCAUUAAUGCUUGGAGUCUAGUGUGUGAGAGUGAUGGGGCCUGAGUGUUGUAUGUUGUGUUCCUCAGGGACCGAGUUCACCAUAGACGACCAGUGUCUGGUGAGCCUGCUUAGAGGUCUCUGUCUGAAGCACCUGGGACACCAGGAGGAGGCUGAGCACUACUUCACCCACGUCCUCUGCAAGUGAGCUCAACACACACCAAUAUUCAGCACACACUCACAUUUUCACAAUAUGACAGUAGAAGAUACCUACUCGAUUACUAUUCCUUACAAGUUUAGCAAAUACCUCCUUUCUUGUUUAAAUCCUGAUCUCUGCUGUAUUUUUACUCUUGUCAGUGAAACACAGAUCAAGUUUGAUCACUACUUGGUUCCCAAUGCACUGCUGGAGCACGGGCUGCUAUGUCUGGAACAAGGGAGGAAGGAGGAGGGAAUCAAACUACUGGAGACAGCCAAGUGAGUGUCUUGGUUCUUACACAACAUAAUUAUCUCUACCCAUCCCAAUACAGUAGUUCAUUGGAAUUCUUAAACAUGACUUAUUUGCAAUAAUUCUAUAAGAAAAGACAGUUAAAUCAUCUGGUCAAUCUUUUUAAUUGUUCUGCUCUUUCCCCAAUAUUUACAGGCAAAAUUACAAAAACUACUCCAUGGAAUCACGGACACAUUUCAGAAUCCAGGCUGCUUUGCACAAGGCCAAGGCCACAGGCGAGAAUGGAAUUCACACCAUGCCCUCCAGCCCGUAGCUGGUGUGGGCAAAACAGGGCCAAAGUCCAGCCAUCCCAAAGUGCACAGCCCAAUGCAGCAGGGAUGAGGCAGAGUACCAAACCACCCACUACCAGCAACAAGUGCUUGACUUGCCAGCCAUCGAGCUUUCAGAAAGACACACAACACUACACAAGCAUUCUGUACACUAAACAGUCAAAAGCAUACAGACACUAGUAUUUACUCAGACAAAGAAAUUCUACGCAAUAUAUAGAAAAUACCUCACUGAUGGAUGGAGAUGUACAGGGUCACAUCCGUCUAUUGCAAAAACCUAUUAGUUACCAAUGCCUGAAUAUUCUCCCUCUAGUAUAAAUACAUACAUUCACUGACAAACGGGUAUUUUCACACCUGUCACAAGGGUUUCUGCAACAUAUAGUAUUUGAGUGGUUAACGGUAUUCUCCUUCCUGGGUUUUUCCCUCUGCUCGGAGCUAAUGACUAAAAUCACUGUGGCCAAUCUUGGACAAUGUCUGUCUUGGGUUGACCAUGUUAUAUGGCAGAUAACCUCCUGCCCUAAUGCCUUGAUCUCUGUGAUUAUUCUACUGGAUUUAUUCUUAUUUCUUCAUUUUCACCCUCCUUUCCCGACUCUGAACAGCUCAAUGGAAGUUUUGGCACAUUGGAAAAUAGUGCCCACUGACUGCACAAAGUUAAAUCAUCCAGCCAUGCAAACUCACAUUGCAGGAAUA